CCGCCAGUGCACGUAGAGUCCUGCAUGGGUUUACACUGAGUUUGUGGAAGAGCACUGAAUACGGACGGGGAGCAUGUUUAGGACUGAUCACGUAUUAAGAUAGCUCGCUAGGUUAAUUGAAUCGCAGAAAUCACAGAAUCGGAAAAUCAUUGGAAGAAAAAUAGUUGAGCAGGUCCGAUAGUCAGCGUGUGGGAAUGGCAGCACCCCGGCCGAUAAAAGGCAUCCUAAAAAACAAGAACAGCAGGACAAACGUUAAAUCUCUGCCCGAAGAAGUACCGGGAGACAGCCCUGAACAAGAACCCCCCGUACUCUCGGAGGAUGACCCACAGAAGAAAUCCCAGAAAUGGGAUGAGAUGAACAUCCUGGCCACGUACCAUCCGGCUGACAAAGACUAUGGUCUGAUGAAGAUAGAUGAACCCAGCACACCUUACAACAGGAUGGUGGGGGACGAAGAUGAUGAAGGGGCGCUGAGUGACUCGGAAGGCCACAGCGGACUUGCAGCUGAAGAGCUGGCAUCAAAGCUGGUGGCUGCAGAGGGCUCAGAACCUCGCUUCAAUGAAGAAGAAGAAGAAGAAGAGGAAGAAGAAGAAGAAGAGGAAGAUGAAGAUGAAGAGAGCAGCGAGGAGGAGGUAGAGGAGCUGAGUCCUGAAGAACAAGCCAAAAAGACGAAUUUUCAGAUGAUGAGGAAGAUGCACUACAAUGAGGGCCUGAACAUCAAGCUGGCCCGCCAACUCAUUGCCAGCGAGCUAGAAGAGGACGAGGAUGCAGACGAGGAGAUGAGAGAUGACACGGAAGAUGCGAAGGAGGUCACCGAGGAGAAGGAGGACACAGAGGAGACGGAGGAGAUCAGUGUCGACCCACCACAGGAAGCUGAUUCUCUGGACUCGUAGAAGAGGCUUCUCUCCCACAUUCAGCCCUGCGUGUCGGCGCCAGAUCAGGACAGACAAUGCCGCGGCGCUCUGUUUUGUUUUUUUAAUGCUGGGCACCGCUUCACCACUCAUAUAAUAAACCUCAACAGCCAAUAACCUCCCGGUCACCUGUCUGUCUCUACUAUUCCUUAGAACUGUGCAAUAUAACCUUCAAACAACCUGUUUUUAACUCCCAGAAUCAGUGCAACACACAAGAGAAGACUGUUGCUCCCUCCUCCUCCCCUCUCCUACCUCCUCUGGACUGGCAUCGCACUGAAGGAUAUGUGAUUCUGACCCUGAAAGGAAGAUCACGGUCUUGUUAAAAAAAUAAAGACAAAAAACUGCUGGAUACCAGGUCUUCCGUCUGACCACUCCACGGUCCACCUGCAGGCCACAGAGCCAGUACGUCAGCCCUGGAGGAAGCCAGGGGAAACCCCACAGCCUCACAGAAGGCAUAUCUGAGACAUGACCACAGCGAUUAUACUGGGUGUUCUUCAGAAGGCUUUUAUUUUUAUUUUUGCUCUGUAGCCCACCACUCUGUUCCAUUCUCUUUACUCCUUCAGUACUUUUUGUGAUGCAAUUAGACGCCGUGAUGACCAGUUGGGUCGUCGUCUUUGUUUUACCUUGCGAUUCAGGUACACCAUUUAUAUUGGAAUACAAGUGUUAUGAUAUUAGUCUCUAAUUGCACAAGAAAACAUGACUUGCAUUAUCUAAAUUUCAUGAUAAAAAAACAUCCACCUUUGACAUCAUACAGUACAUACUUAAUAUAUAACAUUCUUAAUUGACACUUGAAUGCGGUGGUAUCUCACUUUGAUGCUUGCAGUGAAUUGUAUGCUUUUUUUGGGGUUCAACAACACAAACUAUUAUUAUUGAUUUAAUAUUGCGAAUUUGCAGAAUUCUGACCCGUAACUUCAUAUUGACUUCUCUCUUUGCAAGCAAGAACACCACACCUCAAUUAAUGUUUUCCAAAAUGAAAUCCACUGAUAUGUUUGGCAUAUAGGGUCUCUAUCAAGAGACAUUUUAUUUCCAGUAAAAUCUCUGCAUUUUAAAUUGAUUUGAGGAAAAGGAUUGCAGGAAAAGCUGUCAAUAAUCAUUUCAAAAUGUCCAGUCAAGACUGAGUAAGGCUAAUGGCCCCUGUGUGUCCCCUGGCCACAGCAGAAAGGAAAUGCCUUGGCACAUCACACAUUGUGUUUCUUUCAUUUGUACGAGGGACGGUGUUGAAGUCCCACAUCUGAGGUACAGCACGAGCUACUGACGAACAGGACGGUGUUCCACCUUUAAGGAGUUACGGCUUUCAGCACCAGGCUCCAAUGUGGAUUUGACAACAAAAAACGACGUUCUCGCUUCCAUGAUGUGUUUAGUUGCCUUCUUGUUGCAUGGGAGCUUCACCAGACAGAAUUGUGUGUAAUUUCAUUCGAGGAAGGGUGCAAUCAUCUACUUUGUGUGUAAUUUCUCACCUGGCUUCAUCACGUUUGAUGUAAAGUUGUCGGAUCUACUAAAGUGUCUUGUACGACGCAGCUUGGGAAUGUCAAAGAAAAGUCGAUUCCUUUUAAAGUGUCGACAAAGUUAUCACAAGAGUCUUAAAUUGUCGCAUUUGACAAAAGUAUUGAGGUGAAAAAAAUAGCACUAGUAUAGUUGUUGACUGUCGGUUGCUGGGGGAAUUAUUACUUUUUCUAUGACUGCGCUAUACACUGUACGCCGUCACUUGACAAAGUGGAGGCAAGAACCGAACAGCCUGAGAGGAAAGUAUCAGGACCCUGAGUGUCUCAUGUUGUGUCCUCUUCAUUUUCUUCUGACCCUUUAAUUCCUCACUGUGAUGGAAGUGUUGAACUCUUUAUUAUAGAAAUACAAAAGAUCCCAGAGCAACAGUAUGACUUCUGCAAACUUCCCAUUGCAGUUCACUUUGUUCUUGUAGUUUAGUAUUUGGUGGUGGAUUUUUCUUCUCCAUUAUAGAGGUUAAAGGAAAUUCCUUUUGGCCAUUUCCACGAAUCGACAAGCUCUUAUUCGAGCAGUUAACGAUUACCUGAUUAUUGUGGCGAUACAGGAAUAUGUCUGGAAAUACAUAUUUUGACGAUACUGUUGUCCUCUAUUCUGCUCACUGACUUUGAGCACCUAGAAAAGACGACUGCAGAGAAGCUGAGACGUUCGGUUUAUGUUCUCACUUAGGACAAAAGGACACAAAUGUCCAAAACAUGACAGGCAUGAUCGCCCUGUAGGUGGUCAUUAGAUGUCAAAUGUGCCUCUUAUGUAUUUGUACAUGUGUGUAAAAUGAACAGGCUAUGCUCCAUGUCACUGUUUAACUUUUUCCUCACGUGACCGCUGUCUCACUUUUUGUCAUUGCACCACUUCUGCGCUGUUAGGUUUGUUUUCUAAGAAUUACAGACUGUUGAACACUGUGUGUCGCUCUCAAAAAUGACGUGGACGUUGAAUCCACGUGUUUUUGGAUUAACAGUUUGCAUGUCCUUAAUCAUCGGAUUGUGUGUAUUCUGUUUUUGUUUUUGUCUCCUUUCAUUAAACGAAUGUCGUUGGGAACAAAUUUGUGUUGGCCUGUGAUUGAUCCGAAGAGUCGGAUGCCUAAAAGUUGAAUAAAGCAGAAAAGUCUGAUUAAAUCCUUGAAAGGACUCGUUACAGUUUUCCUGAUCGCACAAACAGGUUUUUUUCUAAUGGCUUUGAUUUUUUAAAUUUGUUUAAUUCUCCCUUUUCUCUUGUUAUUUGUAGUGUAUUUUGUAUUACAGCUCUUAAAGAUACAGCCAUAUUAUAGAUCUGGGCUCAGAGGCCGACAAGGUUUUCAUGGUAGAGACUACCAUUGUUUAGAGUUGGACCAGAUGGUUUACAUUAGGAGACCCUUAUGGAAUGAUGUGUUUCUGCUCCAAGGCUGGAGCAGCACGCCCAUUCCUGCUUCCUUAAAAGAGGUAACACAAAUUCAUUUGUGUGGGUUUCAUGGGUUUCGUGGAUUCUCUGGACCUUCUGAAAUCACCCGGGCUGUAAGCAGUAUACGCUCGUAAUUAGACCUGUUUUCUUUCUGUAAUAAAACUGCAUUAUAUCAGCAACAA